UCUUCUUCUUUUCCUCCUCCUCUCUCUGCAGACUAUGGAUCAGAAGGUCGGGUUGUUCGUUCUUCUGGCAGCAGGCCUCCUCUGCCUCAGUUUAACCCCCGUCUCUCAGGCCGAGGACCUGGUCGAGGACGGUCUGGGUGACGACGUGGACGUGGAGGACGAGCUGGAUCUGGGUUUGGCCGGAGCCGAGGAGGAGGAGCUGGAGGAUCUGGAGGGGGACGCGCAGGAUGAGGCUCCACCUGCUCCUAAAACUCCUCCCACCCCGAAGGUGACCUACAAGGCUCCAGAGCCGAUGGGGGAACAUUUCAUCGCUGAGUCUUUUGAUCGGGGGACACUGGACGGCUGGGUGAUGUCCAGCGCCAAGAAAGAGGACGCUGAUGAAGACAUCGCGAAGUAUGACGGUAAAUGGGCGGUGGAGGAGAUGAAGGACAGCAAGCUCCCCGGUGAUAAAGGUCUCGUCCUGAAGUCUCGCGCCAAACAUCACGCCAUCUCAGCCCAGCUGCUGCGACCUUUCACCUUCGACACUAAGCCCCUCAUCGUCCAGUACGAGGUGAACUUCCAGUUGGGUAUCGACUGCGGCGGCGCCUACGUCAAACUGCUGAGUCAGACUCCCGACCUCGACCUGGACCAGUUUGUGGAUAAAACUCCGUACACCAUCAUGUUUGGACCCGACAAGUGUGGAGAAGAUUACAAACUGCACUUCAUCUUUAGACACAAAAACCCCAAAACGGGAGAGUACGAAGAGAAACACGCCAAGAAGCCCGACGCCGACCUGAGGACGUACUACACCGACAAGAAAACUCACCUGUACACACUGGUGGUGAACCCUGACAACACCUUCGAGGUGCUGGUGGAUCAGACCGUGGUGAACAGCGGCAGCCUGCUGACAGACAUGACCCCCCCUGUGAACCCCACCGCCGAGAUCGAGGACCCCGACGACCAGAAGCCCGAUGACUGGGACGAGAGGCCCAAGAUCCAGGACCCCGCCGCCUCCAAGCCCGAAGACUGGGACGAGGACGCUCCAGCUCAGAUUCCAGAUGAGGACGCAUUGAAACCAGACGGCUGGCUGGACGACGAGCCGGAGUACAUCGGAGACCCCGACGCCGUCAAACCUGAAGACUGGGACGAGGACAUGGACGGCGAAUGGGAGGCUCCUCAGGUCCCGAACCCCGCCUGUGAGACCGCCCCCGGCUGCGGCGCCUGGAAGCGACCAAUGAUUGACAACCCCAACUACAAGGGCAAGUGGAAGCCCCCCAUGAUCGACAACCCUAACUACCAGGGAGUCUGGAAGCCGAGGAAGAUCCCCAACCCGGCGUUCUUCGAGGACCUGCAGCCCUUCAAGAUGACUCCGUUCAGCGCCUUGGGGCUCGAGCUCUGGUCCAUGACCUCCGACAUCUUCUUCGACAACUUCUUCAUCACCGACGAUCGCAACACCGCCGAGCGCUGGGCCAACGAUGGCUGGGGGCUGAAGAAGGCUGCAGAGGGCGCCGCUGAGCCCGGUCUGGCAACACAGAUGCUGAACGCUGCAGAGGAGCGCCCGUGGCUCUGGGUCGUCUACGUCCUCACUGUGGCUCUACCGCUCGUCCUCAUCAUCGUCUUCUGCUGCACCGGAAAG